AACAGGAACAGGGGCUUAUAAAAGGCUGCUUACCUCUGCAACAGAAGCAGCACAAAGUGAGGAGGAGAUGGAGGAGAUCAGAAGAGGGCCUUGGACCACGGAAGAAGACCUUGUGCUCAUCAAAUACGUCGCCCAACAUGGCGAGGGCAGAUGGAACGCCCUCGCUCGCUGCGCAGGACUGAAACGAACGGGAAAGAGCUGCAGGCUUCGAUGGCUCAACUAUCUUCGUCCAGAUGUCCGGCGCGGGAACAUCACGCCGGAGGAGCAGCUUCUCAUCCUCGACCUCCACUCUCGUUGGGGAAAUCGGUGGUCCAAAAUAGCACAGUGUCUUCCGGGAAGGACUGAUAACGAAAUAAAGAACUACUGGAGGACCAGAGUGCAAAAACACGCAAAGCAGCUCCACUGCGACGUCAACAGCACGACGUUCAAAGACGCAAUCCGGUACGUGUGGAUGCCACGCCUCCUCGAACGAAUCCGAGCGGCUUCCGGCGGCGCCGCUUUCUCUGCCUCCUGCAGCAGCCCCGUCGCCACAGCCACAGCCACCGCCGCCGCUGACCCUCUGCCUUCUCACCCGCUCAAGCAACCGGAGCGGGCGACGCUCGGCCCGGAAACAGUUGAGUCGUCGCCGUCGGAGGACUCGCUUCCGACUCCGUUCUCGUGCUUCGCCGACUGCCACUCCACCACCAUGCAAGGUUGGGGUGGGUGGGCACCGGAUUCCCUUUCUCUUCCCGUAUGUUGCGAUGAACAAGGUGGAUGGCCGUCAGGGGACUUGUUGAGCAGUGAGUCCUUGUGGAGCAUGGAAGACGACUGGUUCAUGCAACACCAGAUUCAAUCUUAUCAACCCUAUUGCUGAUCUCUCCUUUGAAAUAACUGUACUAGUUCGAUCACAAUUGUAACACAACCCUAUAAUUACUGAUCCCAUCAUAUUCUUCCGACAAUUGUAGUGUUGCCAGCUGGAGAGAGCAUAUAUGUCUAAUUUGCAGGCAAAAAAGAUCCACGAAGAAGAAGGAGUAGGUGAGGUAUAGUGCUAUAAAAGCUAGCAUACCACAGUGAUGAUUCGAUAAGUCAUAUGUUUCAUAUGUUUGAUGUGAUGAAGCCAAGUGAGGAGAGGAGAUAGAUACUUGAACAAUAAGAGCACGGCAUCUGAGCGU